AUGUCCGACCAAGGCUCAAUCAACAUACCGCAAAUCUUCGUGAUCCUCCUCGUCGGCUUCCUCCUCUACCGCUGGUUCUUCACCUCCUCCGACCCCGCUGGCAUCAGACAAAGCAGGCAGAAUGGCGCACGACUCAACCCGGCGCAAGUGGAGCAGCUAUUGCAGAUGUUCCCGCAGUUAGACCGGCGGCAGCUCAUGUGGGACCUACAGCGGAACGGGGGAAGUGUGGCGGCGACUACAGAGAGGGUUCUGGGGGGACGUGGGCUUGAGGUGCCGCCGCCUUCUUUCCAACCACAGCUACCGCCCCUAUCGUCUACAUCCACAGGCGCGCGCCCUGGCGCUGCGGCCGUCAAGCCGAAGCCCUCGCAUCCGGAUCUGAUCACGCGAUACAACCUCUCCUCAAAGGUCGGGUCAUCUGCCUCUAUAGAGCCUUCGCCAAAGCCCGCGUGGUCACAGAACAAGAACGAGAGGCAACAACUGCUGCAGCGGCGGAGAGAGGAGAUGAUAUUGGCCGCACGAAGGAAGAUGGAGGAGAGGGAUAGGGCUGGAGCAGGGGGGACGGCUUGA